UUUAGAGGAAAAUGCUCACAGAACAACAAUUCCGAGAUGAAAUUAGAGGAUUCGUUGAUAAAAUGAACGAAAAUAAUUUCCACUGGCAAUUAAAAGAGAUCGGGAAAUACGCGAGAGAGACCCAUUUGAAGACACUUUCAGAUGGACGAGUUAUCACUUCUGAGACACACAUCCUGUACAAUUCCACAUAUCAAGUUCCAACAAUUUGGUUCAAUUUCUUUGAGAAUAAUGGAAGCCCUCUUCCAUUCCGUACUGUCAUUCGAGAUGUACUGAACAUUUCUGAAACAGAAGAGUCUGAAGCUUCAAUUCGAUCGAGAAUUUCACAUUAUGAGCAUCCGUUUAUGGGAGUUUUGUAUUACAAUAUUCAUCCAUGUAAUACUUCAAAUAUUAUGAAAGAACUCAAUACGGAUCGAUCAUAUCUUAUGUCGUGGUUCAGCGUAUAUGGGCAACAAAUCGGACUGAAACUCCCGGAUCGUGUUUUAUAAUUGCUGCAUCCAAACUAUUUGAAAGAAUAAAUUAUUUAUUG